UUCUUUUCUUAUGUAAAGAUCAACAUUUCAUUUUUUUUUUUUUUGAUAUACAGUUUGAUUUUAGUAUCUGUAAGUAUGUUUGAUAGGUUCAAAGAUUGUUCUUUUCUUUGCUUUAAUAGAAGGGGUUAUUUAAGCUUGUAAAGAUUGUUCUUUUAUUUGAUUUGAAAGAAUGAAUUACUUCUUUUCACCUUGGUUUUUACUACUAUAUGUGAAAGGGAAGUGUAAAGAUUGUUCUUUUAUUUGAUUUGAAAGAAUUGGAUUUUUUUUGGCUUCAUUUUGUAAUUAUUGCUGCUGUUUUUUUUAAAAAAAUGAUUUGUUUACCAAUUCAACAUUUUUUUUUCAUUUGGGGUGGGACAGGGGGCUUAUAAUUGCAUUUCUCUGAUAGUUUUUUUUGCUGUUUGGUUUUAGAAUCUGUAAGCAUGUUAGUAGAAGUAAAAAGAUUGGUUCUUUUAUUUGCCUUGAAAGAAUUGGUUACUUAUUUUAAGCUUCAUUUUAACUAAAUGUGAGGAGGAAUUGUAUUCUUGAGCUACGGGUGUAUCGGAAACAGUUUCUCUACCUUCACCGGGUAAGGUAAGGUCUGCGUACACCCUACCCUCCACAGAGCACUUAUGGGAUUACACUGGAUUUCGCAGCCGCUACAACCUCUGCCACAGCCUCUGCCCUUCGGUGAUGGGGAAGUUAGGAUUGCGGAGCAUAUUAUUUGCAGUUGUGGUUCAGAUUCUCGUAAUAUCAGCAGCUGCUAACAUUAAGAAUUUGAAGAUAUGGCCGAUGCCACUAUCAGUUAGCUAUGGACAUAGGACACUUCAACUUAGUAAUGAUUUUGUGCUCAAGACUGAAGGCAGCAAGUACACCGAUGCCUCUGGAAUUCUCAAGGAAGGUUUUUCAAGGUUACUUGAUGUCGUUAAGGUAGCUCAUGUCGUUGAUGCCAACUUCUCUUAUGUCGGCCCCUCUUCAGUGCUAAAGGGAAUUCAUGUGGUUGUCCUUUCUCCAAGUGAUGAGCUACAAUAUGGUGUUGAUGAGUCCUACAACUUGACCAUACCAGCACAUGGAAACCCAGCCUAUGCACAUUUGACGGCAAAAACAGUUUAUGGGGCUUUGCAUGGUUUGCAGACAUUUAGUCAAGUAUGCCAUUUUAACUUUACAACCAGAACAAUUGAAGUUCAUCAAGUUCCGUGGACCAUAGUUGAUCGACCAAGAUUCUCUUAUCGAGGGCUUUUAAUUGACACUUCCCGUCACUAUCUGCCGUUGCCUGUGAUAUUGAAGGUUAUUGAUUCUAUGGCUUAUGCAAAACUGAAUGUGCUGCACUGGCACAUUGUAGAUACACAAUCAUUCCCAUUUGAGAUACCCUCAUAUCCGAAACUAUGGAAUGGUGCUUACUCAAGUUCAGAGCGGUAUACUGUGGCUGAUGCUGCUGAGAUUGUGAGAUAUGCAGGUAGACGUGGAAUCAAUGUAUUAGCUGAACUAGACGUUCCAGGACAUGCUCAAUCUUGGGGUACUGGUUAUCCUUCAUUAUGGCCGUCAAAAGAUUGUCAACAGCCACUUGACAUAAGCAAUGAUUUCACUUUCAAAGUAAUAGACGGAAUUCUCUCUGAUUUUAGCAAGAUAUUCAAGUACAGAUUUGUUCAUCUAGGAGGUGAUGAAGUGGAUACGAGUUGCUGGACGUUAACUCCUCGUAUAAGAAAGUGGUUGAAGCAACACCGGUUGAAUGGAACCACUGCUUAUGAGUAUUUCGUCUUGCGAGCACAGAAGAUAGCUUUAUCUCAUGGAUAUCAAAUUAUAAACUGGGAAGAGACGUUCAAUAACUUUGGAAAUAAGUUGAGCCCAAAAACUAUAGUUCACAACUGGCUCGGGGGCGGUGUUGCUCAGCAAGUAACUGCAGCUGGAUUGCGGUGCAUUGUAAGUAACCAGGACAAGUGGUAUUUGGACCAUAUAGAUACCACAUGGCAGGAUUUCUAUUCAAAUGAGCCACUAACUAAUAUUACAAAUCCCGAGCAACAACGGCUGGUUAUUGGGGGUGAGGUAUGUAUGUGGGGUGAGCAUAUUGAUGGAUCAAACAUCGAAACAACCAUAUGGCCUCGUGCAGCAGCAGCGGCAGAGAGGCUAUGGACUGCUUAUGACAAACUUGCCAAGAAUCCAAGUCAAGUUACUCGCAGGUUGGCUCAUUUUAGAUGCCUAUUGAAUCAAAGAGGAGUUGCUUCUGGUCCAUUAACUGGAGGCGGGCGAGCUGCACCAGAAGAACCAGGUUCUUGUUAUCAGCAAUAGUACCUGAAGUGUUCUUUUUCCUCUCAUUCAUUUAUCAAUACAUAUAGAAUAAGUUAGAAUCAUAUAUACCGUUAUGCAUUAGAAAUUGUCGAUAUCAAUUUGUAAAACUCUCUCUGUUGUAAUUCUUUCAAGGAAUAUGGAAGAAAUAUCAGCCUUAUCUACUAUGAAUUCACUGGCA